AUGUCUGCACCAGUUGCUCGAAGACCAACAGCUCGUCGAGGUAUCUAUCCACCACCAAACGUCAAUUUACCAACAAACAAUCGAAAUUCUCAACCAUCCACAAAUAAUGGCGCUUCACAAACGAAAAAACAAAAGGUUGAAGAUUUAGGUGACCAAAUAGUACCCGAGUGCGAACCACUCGCAUCCACAGCAAUAGUUCUCUGGAACUUGAUAGCGGAGCCGAUUGUCGUUUCUCACUUUGCGAAUGCCACUGAUCCUAAAAAUAAUCGUUACACAAACGCUGCUAUAAUAGCAGCAUAUACAGCUCAAGCUGAGGCUUUUAUUGCUGAAUCUCGACGAGCUGCCAAUGAACAAACAGCUAAAAAUGUUACGAGAAAUCCCUACAACAACGCAACUACCGUUAUAGAUAUCGAUUGA